GGAAGUUGGCUGCGCAGCGGGCCGUGGGUGGCUCUUCACCGAGGCGUAGGGGCGCCAUGGCCGCGGACGAGGAUGAGUUGAAUCUUCUGGUUAUCGUAGUUGACACCAACCCAAUUUGGUGGGGAAAGCAAGCAUUGAAAGAAUCUCAGUUCACUCUAUCCAAGUGCAUGGAUGCCGUGAUGGUGCUGGCAAAUUCCCACCUGUUGAUGAACCGCUCCAACCAGCUGGCUGUCAUAGCCAGUCACAUUCAGGAAAGUCGAUUCUUAUAUCCAGGGAAGAACGGCAGACUUGGAGGCUUCUACGGAGACCCUGGCAACCCCCUUCCUGACUGUAAUCCCUCAGGGAGUAAAGAUGGGAAAUAUGAGCUGUUGACAGCUGCAAAUGAGGUGAUCGCUGAGGAGAUCAAAGAUCUGAUGACCAAGAGUGACAUAAAAGGUCAACACACAGAGACGCUCCUGGCAGGAUCCCUCGCCAAAGCCCUUUGCUACAUUCACAGAGUGAACAAGACAGUUAAAGACAAUCAGGAGAUGAAAUCAAGGAUAUUGGUGAUCAAGGCCGCUGAGGACAGUGCGCUGCAGUACAUGAACUUCAUGAACGUCAUCUUCGCUGCUCAGAAGCAGAAUAUUCUCAUUGAUGCCUGCGUCCUUGACUCGGAUUCAGGGCUCCUCCAGCAGGCUUGUGACAUCACAGGGGGACUGUACCUGAAGGUGCCUCAGAUGCCUUCUCUCCUGCAGUACUUACUGUGGGUUUUUCUUCCGGAUCAAGAUCAGCGAUCUCAGCUAAUCCUCCCGCCCCCGAUCCAUGUGGACUACAGGGCUGCCUGCUUCUGUCACCGAAGUCUCAUUGAGAUUGGCUAUGUCUGCUCAGUGUGUCUGUCCAUUUUCUGCAAUUUCAGCCCUAUCUGCACCACAUGCGAGACAGCCUUUAAGAUCUCCCUCCCGCCUGUCCUGAAGGCGAAGAAGAAGAAACAGAAGGUGUCCCUGUGAUGGGCAACACAAGCUUCCUCAUCUCCCACCACAUGUGGACUCUCGUGGGGAACAUGGAGGAAUUGCUUAAAACAUGGUUUUUGUCCUGUGCUUCUCAUGCAGGGAGCUGAAGUGUCCGCCAAACCUCUGGUUUUAUCUGGAAAGGGGGACAAACGCAAGUCAGGACAUUUUUGUUUGUAGUUUUAGCAGUUGCUUGGCAGAAGCCAGCUGCUGCUGUUUUGUGUGUUGUCACUUGGCUUUGAACCGCAGCCCUGCACAUGCCAGGCCAGCACCCCACCACUGAGCUGCAGUCAGCCCCUUGGGAUUUUGUUUUCAGAUGAUCCCCUGUCAAAGCUUAUUGGGGUAGAUUCUGGGUCUUUUGCACUUGAAGUUGGGCAGUGUGUGAAGUUGGAAUGCAGCUCAGGAAGAUGACCAGCAUUGGGUCAUUGUAUCAGUCCUGACAGAGCAUCUUAGCUGGACAGGUAGUACACGCCUGGAAUCUUGAAUUCGGGAGGCUGAGACAGGAAGGUUUGGCGUUCAGAUCUUGCUUCAGAUAUGUAUAAGAUCCUGUCUUUUAAAAAAAGAACAUUUUACUUCAAAUAAAGUGUUUCCUUUAACUAUUUUCAAAAGUAACCUGGCCUAAAGGCACACACCUUCAAUCCUAGCACUCAGGGAGCAGAGACAGGUGCAUCUCUGAACUUGAGGCCAGCCUGGUCUACAGAGUGCGUUCACACCAACCAAGGUUUUAUUUUGCUACCUUAUUUACAAAAAACCAAUAACAUCAAUAUUGGAGAACUGAAUGCUAAAAAUGUAAAUGAGUUCAGUAAUAAAAAUCCUAUUUUUAUAUUUA